AGGAUGAUGAUGGCCUCGAUUCCCUCGAUGGAGGCAAGCCCAAGAACCCCAACAUCCAAAUUUACUACGCCAACAGAUCAUUUUGCCACAUCAAGAUGGAGAACUUUGGCUCUGCGCUGGUGGAUGCCUCGAAGGCGAUCGACGCCAAGGAGGACUUCCCGAAGGGUUGGUACAGGCGUGGCAGCGCCCACAUGGCGCUUGGGAGACCAAAGGAAGCCAUGAGGGACUUCAUGCAGCUUUGCAAGCUGGCGCCCCAGGACAAGGACGCCAGGGACAAGCUGAAGCAGUGUCAGAAGCAGGUGAACGCAGACAAGUUCGCAAAGGCGAUCGGCUGCGAGAAGACCAAGCCGCCGAGUCAGACGGUCGAUGUUGCCAAGAUGGAUGUGGACUCAUCUUAUGCAGGGCCUGUCUACGACUCCGGCGCUUGCACCGCGGACUUUUGCAGAGCUCUCAUGGAGCACCAGAGAAAGGAGCUGGUUAUCGCGAAGAAGUUCGCGUAUCAGAUUGUCUUGGACAUGAUCGAGAUGUUGAAAGGUUCCAGCACGCUGGUAGACAUCGAAGUGCCUGCCAACGGCGAGGUCACAGUUUGUGGAGAUGUUCAUGGCCAGUUCUAUGAUCUGCUCAACAUCUUCAACAUGAACGGUGUUCCGUCAGAGGACAACCCGUACCUCUUCAACGGCGACUUUGUGGAUCGAGGCUCCUUCUCGGUUGAGGUCAUCCUGACGCUCUUCGCGUGGAAGCUGGCGUACCCCAGGCAUCUACACCUGGCCAGAGGGAAUCACGAAACCAGGAACAUGAACAAGUUGUACGGCUUCGAAGGGGAGGUCACCAAGAAGUAUGACGAAGAGUUGUACCAACUUUUCUGCGAAGCAUUUUGCUUGCUACCUCUCUGCCAUGUCAUCAACAACCAGGUCUUCGUGGUUCAUGGCGGUCUCUUUUCCAAGGAUGACGUCUCCCUAGACGCCAUCCGAAAGGUGAACAGAGACUGCGAGCCUCCAGACGAGGGGCUGAUGACGGAAAUGCUGUGGAGUGAUCCCCAGCCGGGCCGAGGCCGCAUGCCCUCCAAGCGAGGCGUCGGCGUGGCCUUUGGCCAGGAUGUCACUGAGAACUUCUUGAAGGUGAACAAUCUCAAGAUGGUCAUCCGCAGCCAUGAGAUGAAGGAGGAGGGUUUUGAGAUUGAGCACGGCGGCAAGCUGGUGACGGUGUUCUCUGCGCCCAACUACUGUGACCAGAUGGGCAACAAGGGGGCUUUCAUCCGGCUGGAUGGCAAGACCAUGACGUCCGGGCGCCCAGUUGAGCCCAAGUACACCUCCUUCUCCCAUGUCCCGCAUCCGAACGUGCGACCUAUGCAGUAUGCGAACCCUAUGCUGGGGCAGCUUAUGGGCAUGUGAGGCGGGCGCUACCCCAUUUGCGCGGUCGCCAAGGGUGUCUUCCAAAAAAUUGUGCC